AUGCAAGAUGAAGAAAUACUUAGAUGGUAUUUGAAAAGAUUUAUAAUUGAAGUGAUGAAAUAUAAGACUACAAUGACUAACCUUAGAUAAUGAAAAAUUUAGAAUAGAUCAGGCAUUUAAUUUGGCAUGGUUCAUAUAAUUUGAGUGCAUAAAAGGAAGGCAAAUGGUAUCCAACUUGGAAGGAAGAAAAAAUUGAUGCUGGAGGGACUUAUAUUAAUUAAAAGGAAUAAAGAAUGUUUAAUGGAUAGAAUUAAGCUAAAAUUUUUGGGAGUAUUUUGAUAUUUAAUAUUUUAGCAAAGCUUAAGUAUUUGAAAAGGGAAAGUAUUCUAAUAAUAAGAGAUGUGAUAAGUGGGAGUUUUUCCACAAUAAUUAAUUAGUGUAUUAUUAUUUCAUAAUUAUUAAGGAGUGAGGGUCUUUAUUCAUAAAAUGGCUUAAAAAAUGGAAGAUGGUCUGAUUUACAUGAUAAUUAUCAUGAGUAUUUAAUUUUAUCCAUUUAAUAGAGGGAAUAAAGUCAUUCUUAAUGGAGAGUAUUUGGUAGGGUAAAAGGUUAAAAAGUGGAAUAUAGUAUUAAAGGGAACAUAAAUGUAAUAAGAAUUCAUUAUUUUUCAAAGGUGGAGGAUAUUAUAAUGAAAUAGGAGAAAAGGAUGGAAAUUGGAUAUAGUGGAAAUGGAUAUUAUGAUGAAAAUGGAAUUAAAACUGGUGAAUGGGUGGAGUUAGAUGAUUAAUUUGAAGAGUAUAAUAGUUAUUUAUUUUUAAAUAUGGAGUAGAUGAGAUAUUAAGGAAAAUAUGUUGAUGGUAUAAAAACUGGAAUUUGGAAAAGAUAGAAACGAAUAAAUGGCAAAGGAAACUUUGUAUCAGAUGAUGAAAAUGAGAACAAGUAAUUUAAGUGA